AUGGCAGGAGACAUGACCCAGAGAAUUGAUGAUGUGGUGCAGAUUAUAUUUGGCCUGAUAUGGACGGCACUGAACAUUGCCAUGAUUGCUGUAGGGGCUGUUAACUUAUUUGGCUGCCCAGCCCAGCCCAUGAUCCCAAUCUACCUGAUCGUGGCCGGGGUAUUCGGCUUCUCCUUCUGGAUAUUUCUGCCCCUGGAGUGGUUCGCCCCCUGCCUGAGAAAGAUCCUCAUGUUUGCUGUAACCCUGUUCCUUUUAGCCUGGCUUAUUGCAGGCAGCGUGUGGGUUUUCAGAAUAUACCCAUUUCCAGCUAGAGCUUGCCAAAUAAAUAUGUACCUCUUUGCAUUUGCGGUCAUUAUCAUACAGUACAUAUUUCUUGGAUUAAUGUUGAUAUACUGCCUGAUCUCCUGCUUCUGCUCAAAAAUAUUAUGUUGUUGCAAGCAGACUGAACAAAAUUGAAACAGGAGAAGAUUUGUAUUCUUCAAGACAUUUAAAUUAUUAUUAUUUUUUUGUUGCUGCUAUAAUCCUACCAAUCUUUGUAUUUUACCCAAGAUAAGGAUUGCAAUAGAAUCAAUGUUAAUUUGUUCUGGUAAUUAUUUCAUUAUUAAACUAUUUCAAAAAGCUAAAA